CAAGCGAGGGGCUGAGGGAGGGAAGCCGCCGCCCCCCGCUCCGUGCCCGGCCGGCGUGGGGAAGGGCUGGGAGGGCAGCGCCCCCCACCCCCCACUCCGGCGCGGCGGGGAGAGCUGGCCCGGGCUCCGGGCGCUGUCCUGCGGAUGUCGGAGUAGCGCGAGCCGGCUCAGGAAUGCCCCGGCCGGGCGGCGGGGAGCGGAGCCUCCCGCCGCCGCCGCCGCCGCUGCCGCUGCUGCUGCUGCUGCUCGCGGGGAGCCUGGCGGAGCUCGGGGGCGCAGCCCGAGGCACAAAUUUGUCAGUCUCUGCUGAUUUAAUGCCUACAUCAUCAUGGAACAUUUCAAGUGAACUAGACAAAGAUUACUUCUUGACGCUUGAUGAGCCUAUGAAUAACAUCACCACCACCCUCGGCCAAACUGCAGAACUGCAUUGUAAAGUCUCCGGCAAUCCUUCUCCAACUGUGCGUUGGUUGAAAAAUGAUGCCCCAGUCGUUCAAGAACCCAGGAGGAUAUCUUUUCGUGCAACAAGCUAUGGGUCUCGAUUACGAAUAAGAAACCUUGACACUACGGAUACUGGCUACUUUCAGUGUGUUGCUACUAAUGGCAGGAAGACUGUUUCCACAACCGGCGUGUUGUUUGUGAAAUUUGGUCCCCCACCAACAGCAAGUCCGGGAUCAUCUGACGAGUAUGAGGAGGAUGGUUUUUGCCAGCCAUACAGAGGGAUUGCUUGUGCAAGAUUUAUUGGGAAUCGAACAAUUUAUAUGGAGUCUCUACAUAUGCAGGGUGAAAUAGAAAAUCAGAUUACAGCUGCCUUCACUAUGAUUGGCACUUCCAGUCACUUAUCUGAUAAAUGCUCCCAGUUUGCCAUUCCUUCUUUGUGCCACUACGCUUUCCCAUACUGUGACGAGACCUCACCAGCCCCAAAGCCCCGAGAUCUGUGCCGUGAUGAAUGUGAAAUUCUGGAAAAUGUCCUUUGUCAGACAGAGUAUAUUUUUGCAAGGUCCAAUCCUAUGAUUCUGAUGAGAUUAAAGUUGCCGAACUGUGAAGAUCUUCCUCAGCCCGAUAGCCCGGAAGCUGUAAAUUGUAUCCGGAUUGGAAUCCCCAUGGCAGAUCCUAUAAAUAAAAAUCACAAAUGUUACAACAGUACUGGAGUAGAUUACCGUGGGACCGUCAGCGUAACAAAGUCUGGCCGUCAGUGUCAGCCAUGGAAUUCUCAGUAUCCGCACACACAUACCUUCACUGCCAUCAGAUACCCAGAGUUAAACGGGGGCCAUUCGUAUUGCCGAAAUCCAGGGAAUCAGAAGGAAGCCCCAUGGUGCUUUACCUUAGAUGAAAAUUUUAAGUCUGAACUUUGUGACAUCCCAGCAUGUGAUACCAAAGAUUCCAAGGAGAAGAAUAAAAUGGAAAUCCUAUAUAUAUUGGUGCCUAGUGUUACUAUUCCCCUGGCUAUAGCCUUGUUGUUCUUCUUCAUCUGCGUCUGCCGCAACAACCAGAAGUCUUCCUCCCCUCCAGUCCAAAGACAGCCCAAACACGUCAGAGGGCAAAAUGUAGAGAUGUCAAUGCUAAAUGCAUACAAACCAAAGAGCAAAGCUAAGGAGUUACCUCUUUCUGCUGUUCGUUUCAUGGAAGAACUGGGUGAAUGUGCUCUUGGAAAAAUCUACAAGGGGCACCUCUAUCUUCCAGGCAUGGAUCAUGCUCAGCUUGUUGCUAUCAAGACAUUAAAAGACUUUAACAAUCCCCAGCAGUGGACAGAAUUCCAGCAAGAAGCAUCUCUUAUGGCAGAACUUCAUCACCCUAACAUUGUUUGUCUCCUAGGUGUUGUGACUCAGGAACAACCCGUCUGCAUGCUUUUUGAGUACAUGAACCAGGGAGAUCUCCAUGAAUUCCUUAUUAUGCGAUCACCACAUUCAGAUGUUGGGUGUAGCAGUGAUGAGGACGGUACUGUCAAAUCCAGUCUGGACCAUGGGGAUUUCCUGCAUAUUGCAGUUCAAAUUGUGGCAGGAAUGGAAUACUUAUCCAGUCAUUUUUUUGUCCAUAAAGACCUUGCUGCUCGCAACAUUUUAAUUGGAGAACAACUUCAUGUGAAAAUUUCAGACCUUGGAUUAUCAAGAGAAAUAUACUCAGCAGAUUAUUACAGAGUUCAAAAUAAAUCCCUGCUGCCGAUUCGCUGGAUGCCACCAGAAGCAAUUAUGUAUGGCAAGUUCUCUUCUGAUUCAGAUAUUUGGUCCUUUGGCGUGGUCUUAUGGGAGAUUUUCAGCUUUGGACUCCAACCAUAUUAUGGAUUUAGUAAUCAAGAAGUCAUAGAGAUGGUCAGGAAACGACAAUUAUUACCGUGCUCUGAAGACUGUCCUCCCAGAAUGUAUAGCUUGAUGACAGAGUGCUGGCAUGAUCUUCCAUCUCGGAGGCCAAGAUUUAAAGAUAUCCAUGCCAGACUGCGUUCUUGGGAGGGACUUUCAAGUCACACUAGCUCUACUACUCCCUCUGGUGGAAAUGCCACCACUCAAACAACUUCACUCAGUGCAAGCCCAGUUAGUAACCUAAGUAAUCCUAGAUACCCUAAUUACAUGUUUCCAGCACAGGGUAUACCACAAGGCCAAAUUGCUGGGUUCAUUGGACCACCAAUACCUCAAAACCAGCGAUUUAUUCCAAUCAAUGGAUACCCGAUUCCUCCAGGAUAUGCUGCUUUCCCAGCUGCCCACUACCAACCACCGGGCCCACCCAGGGUAAUUCAGCACUGUCCACCUCCAAAGAGCCGUUCGCCAAGCAGUGCAAGUGGAUCAACUAGCACAGGUCAUGUGACUAGUUUGCCUUCUUCAGGAUCCAAUCAGGAUGCAAAUAUACCUUUGCUAUCUCAUAUGUCAGUUCCAAGUCAUCCAAGUGGAAUUGGUAUAACAGUUUUUGGAAACAAAACUCAAAAACCAUACAAAAUUGACUCAAAACAGUCAUCCUUAUUAGGAGACCCCAAUAUUCAUGGACCUAACGAAUCUAUGAUUUCAGCAGAGUUGUAAAUAAGUCAGGCCUUUGUACAUAUAACUAUUUACAGUACAAAUAGAAAGACGUAGAAAAGAUUUAUAUUCAAAUAUUUUAUUAAAGAUUUUUCUGGUUGUUUAACAGACUUUUGCAACAAGUAUCUUCUGUGAAGUUUAACUGUGUUUAACAGGAUGGGCAGACACCAACCAGAUAAAAAUCAUUGUGGUAUUAACACGAAACAAUGUGAACUGACAUUUUUUCAAGUACCAAACUAAUGUUUAUUCUAAUAAGGGACAAAAACAAAAAAAAAAUUGUGAUGACCAUCAUACAUUGUCACAGGUGUUUAAAGCUCUGAUAUGGUUUAUAUCAGUGAUUCUCAAAGCCGGUCCGCCACUUGUUCAGGGAAAGCCCUUGGCGGGCUGGACCGGUUUGUUUACCUGCCAUGUCCACACGUUUGGCCGAUCACGACUCCCACUUGCCGUGGUUCGCCGCUCCAGGCCAAUUGGGGCUGUGGGAAGCGGCGCAGGCCAAGGGACGUACUGGCCACCCUUCCCGCAGCCCCCAUUGGCCUGCAGCGGUGAACCGCGGCCAGUGGAAGCCGCAAUUGGCCAAACCUGUGGACGUGGAAGGUAAACAAAUCGGUCCAGCCCGCCAGGGGCUUUCCCUGAACAAGCGGCGAACCGGCUUUGAGAACCACUGGUUUAUAUCACAGAAACGUUAUUAUUCUGACAUUUUAAUAUUUGUCAAUCACUUUUUUUAAGAGAUGCAAAUAUUCAGAGAUUUAUUGGGUAUGCAAUUCACUCCCAAUAGCUUAAACAGUUGUAAGUUUUUUUCAGUCAAGAAUGGUUUCAGAUACGUGAUCCAAUGUUGACAUCUGAUGGCUGGAUUAAUUAUUUCAGGUAGGUUUUUGUUUUUCACCUGAGGUGAGAGUCUGAGUUCAUAUUUAAACCAAAAAAACUGCAUAAAAUAUCCUGACAUUCAGUAGAAUGAGUUAUCAACUCACAGGCUACUCAAAUUAUCUGGUAAUGUCUGCUAAAAAUAGAUGGAGUUAUAAGAAAUUGCCUUUUAAGGAAAUUAAAUUAAGAAUUUUAAUUUCAGAGCAUGAAUCAACGAGUUCAAAGUUAACAUUUAUAUGUGUAGUUAUCAAAGAAAUUUUGUAUCCUUUUGUUGCUAUGCAACUGUUUAAUUAAAAAGCUCCAAACCACAAUUUUAUAUAAGACAAUCAGUUUUCCCAAGAAGUAUUUAUUGUUUCAGAGCAGUACAUAAUUUCAGUGACUAUGACUCCAGAAACCCCUAAAAAUGGGAAAUCCACAUUCCAUCAGUGAUUGAAAACAUUUAUGGCAACUUUGUCUAUCAGUUAAAAUAAUGUGAAUUAAAGUGAACUUUUUACUUAGAAAAAUGACAUUUGUAUUAUUACUGAAAUUAAUUCAGGUAUAAUCAAUCUAGAUUAUUCAUUUUGAGACCACUUUAAUGAUUUACAAAAGUACUAUGUACAUUACAUCUUUUCACAAUGUUAUUUGUAUUAAAAUAAUAUCUUUUGUGUCCACACAAUGAAAACAAUCCUUUGCUCAGUUGACGAUGUUGUAUAUGACUUUAUUUUUCACAUCUUUUUGCACAAAAGUGUUUUGUAUAGCAGAAGUGAAACACGUAUCUGCAUUUUAUAUAUUGGUCUGUUUCUUUUUUGUUUUUAACCUGCUGUAGAUGUUCUUGAAAUAUAUUAUGGUGAUAUUCAGCCACUACCUUAUACAUAUAUUUUGUUUUUGUUUGUUUUCACUGCAUGCAUUUAAUCACUGUAUUACUUGAUGAUUGAUUUAUUAAUUAUGGGCAUUUCAAUUA